AUUCUGUUUAGAAAAUAUAUAUUGAACACGUUUUUUUGUGAAAGGACAUCUAUAAUAACAUAAUGGCUGGAAUAGUGCAGCAGCUAAGUAUUGAAGAGAAAAUUAACGAGGAUUUUUUAUUCUUUUUAGAACAUUUUAAAGCAGCAUUUGAUUCGUUAAAAUCCGAAAGUGAAAAAGAGAUAUGCAAAAAAUGGUUACAUAAACUCGCAAUUGAACCGUAUAAAAAUACAAAAGAAAAACAAGCACGUAAUAUAUAUUUGUCACAACUUAUUUUAAGUAUGAAUACCCGUAAGAUGACCACUCCGUUCAACGAAACCCCAAAACCGGGUCCACUGUCUUUGGAUGGCGUUUUUCCGGAAAUAACUACCAAAGCCAGCGUGGAAGUAGAAAAAGAAAAAGAAAUCAAUGAAAACAAACAGAAAUGGAUGAAAUUCGUUAAAAAUCGAGAAUUGGAAAUGGUCGACUUGAAUCAUUUGUCGAACGAUGGGCGUACUUACAUAGCGUGCAAGACUUUGCCUGAAAAUGCCGGAUUGUUUGCAUACGUUGCCGUGACGGUGGGUGGAAAUACGGGAUGUUGGGUUAAUUCAUGCGGUCGACCAAUCCAAACACCUGUAGUGAAACUGAUAGAUUUAAAAGUGGAAGCGUCCAACGCACCGAAAAGUAACUGUGAACAAGAGGACAAAGUGUAUCAACUGACGGCCGAAGUUAGAUCAAUUUUGUCAAAUCGAAGGUCAAAAGAAUCCCGGACGUUGACUUAUGAAUUUUUCAAAAGAUUACAUAAUAACAUUGAACAGGAAAUGUUAUCUGAAGAGGAUCCUAAUAGUACUGCUUGCCACGAUCCAUACAUCGAGAAGCUACUUGAAAAAUUAAUAGCUGAAAGCAAAGGAUGUGAUAACUUCAACCCACAUUUAUUCAAACGCAUAAAAAUGCUUUCGAUGUUGAAAAAAAGAGUGAAGAAUAUAAUACAAGAAAUCGAAGAGCGUGAGCAAAAACUUCAAAACCUUGUAAUCGCUUCGACUUCUCCGAUACUAUCUCUACUCAGCCCAGCCUCAACCUGUUCAAAUUCCAUGACCGAAAUGAUGUGGCAAGGAGCAUUAAUGGAAAAACCCACCAGCAAGAUGGCCGACACGCUGGCCAAGACAUAUCCCGUAUGUCUGGUUAAAAUGUUGUUGGCACUGUUGGCGCGGGAACGUCGGAAAAUCAUAAAUCAGCUGCAGGAAAAGCAAGAAAAAUUGAUAGUUUCGGUGAAGAAAGAUCUACACAACGAAAUCAAAAGGGGCAUAAUGGCUUACAAGGUGGCUAGAAAAGAAUGGGUGGACGUGAUGCGUGUCGUUAUGCAUUACAACAAGAUAAAAGAAAGUCUGGCCGAAAAAGACAUCGGAGGCAGUUCGAACAGUACCAAAGGCGAUUAUCUGCAGGAAACGAUAAUGAAGGAAAUCGAAGACACCAUGAAGCGACUGGAGAAAGGCAAUGGGAAAAAUGAAAAGCUGGUAGACGACAUUUGUGAGUUGAAUAAGUGCAUACACGUGAUUACGGAAAAAAUAGAGCUCGAACGAGUGCAAGCCGAAGACCAAUUGCGCGAUUUUCAAAACGAAAUAUGCACUGAAAAAAGUUUGAUUAUGAAUAGAGCCCAGACUAUUACAAAAUUAGAAAAAAUGGUAAAAGCGACGCAAAAAUAGUUUUGUUUAUUGUGAUUUGAAUACCUACGUCAAUAAUAUAAUAUGUGAUUUUGACGAUUAUAAUGUUGUGUUGGACACUUGUUUUAAAUUAUAAUUAAAUAUAUCAAAUUCUUUGUUUAUUUCAACCGUAACACACUAACACGUUUAGUGUAUACCUAAACACCUGAAAACUAUAUUAUUUCUCUAUUUACGGAUUAUAACCAGCAGAGCUUUUUAAAUGAUGGAGUGUGGACAGUGGACACUAUAUAAUAUUUUGUUAACACUAAAAAUUAAUUGGUAAUUUUCUUAAAUGUAUUUAUUAGAAAGAAAUACGAAAUGUUUUAACUUAAUACAUUCAUACCAAAUUAGUUCAGGCAGCUGAGCAUAUAAAUAUAAUAUAUAAUAUG